AUGGCUAAAACUCAAUACAAUUUCUUUUCUUUCAUGCAACAACAAGACUUCAUUGAAAUAGUAUUUAGAGCAUAUAAUACAAAAACAAAUGGAUGUAGAAAUGUAAGAAUAAGAGUUCCUCAAGACUAUCCUAUUGACUUUGAUCCUUUAGAUGAUCUUAAGUAUUUAGAACAAACAAAACCAAAGAGAAGAAUGGAUUUCUUUUCGAGACCUCCAAUUUGUUUUAAAGGAACAAGCUCUACUGCACGUUUACAAACAAUUGGAGAAACAACAUCAUUAUUAAUUUGUAACAAACGAUUUACAUUAAAUAGAAAAUCAGCGUUUAGUUAUGACUUAGUAGAAAACAAAAAACAAAACAUUGUUGAUUCGAUUGAUAAUGAUAAAGAACGUGCAGCAUCUCGUGUUAGAGAAGAAGUUGAAAAAUAUACAAAACGUUUUGGUGAUGAAGGAUUAACGGCAAGCUUUUUAGAAGAUGAUAUAAAGCCAAGAAACAGUGAACUAAGUAUUGAUGAAGGUGAAAAACGAUUAUUAGAAAUGAAAAAUGGAAUAGAUGAUGAUUGA